AUGACGGAUGGACAAGUGGAUCUCACAUUAACUCCUUGCAGUGCUUGUGCACAAACGUCAGUCACUAACGAACAGAUGGUGGGUUGCGAUUCCUGCAAGGGUUGGUUUCAUUGCCGUUGCGUCGAGGUAACGGAAGCUGAAUUAGCUGAAUCGAAGUGGUUCUGCUCCGCAGAGGAAUGUCAAAGCCGGAGAAAAGGUUCGAAGAAAAAGACGACCGGCAAAUCGAAGAAAACAUCCGGAAAUACCUCCGAUUCCGAUAGAUCGAAUUCUAAAUCGGACCGCCCAGUUGGUCCGAAUGUUUCGCGAAUCAUGCAGACAUUGCGUGAAGAACAAAAAUCCAAAGAAGAAGAGUUGCAACUGGAACGUAUCAUGAGGGAGAAGCGUAUCGAAAUGGAGCUGGUUUUCAAGAAAAAGCGUUUGGACAUGGAGAGGCAGUUAAGAGAAAGAGAGAUGGAAUUGGAAAAAGAAUUGCUGGAAGAUUCACUCGCGCGGGAGAAGGACCACUUGGAUCGAUUGAACCAGAUGAGGCUAGCAUAUCAAUCGCAGUUCGACGUUGUUCAACCAGAAAUAAAGCAUCUAAAAACGGCUGGUGAUAUGCUGCUAGACGACUACGAUAGCGACGAAGAUGGAAGCGAUCAGUCGUCAGGAGACGAGACAUCGGAGGAUGAGUCAGACGAGGAGGAAACGGAUUCCGAUGGCACAGAACCGGCGAGAAACGAGAAAGCACGGAAUGGCCCUUCUAAAACUCAGUUAGCAUUAAGAAAUGGAAAAACAAGAAAACUACCUUUGUUCACCGACAGACCCGAAGAAUGGCCGUUAUUCAUUGAAGCGUUUGAAGCAUCGACGGAAGCCUGUGGGUUUAGUGAUGUUGAAAACCUUGUACGCUUACAAGAAAGCCUAAAGGGUUCAGCUUUAGAAAGUGUUCGUUGUCAGCUACUACUUCCAAAAUCUGUGCCAAGAGUUAUUAAGAAACUGCGGCAGAUGUACGGAAGACCGGAACAGCUACUCCAGUGUCAUCUUGAUCGGAUAAGAAAACUGGACGCUCCGAAAGCAGAAAAACUUGCCAGUUAUGUCCCCUUUGGCAACGCGGUGGAGCAACUGUGCGAGCACCUAAAGAUGGCUGGUCUGAAGCAACAUAUGAUGAACCCUCUUCUAUUGCAAGAUUUGGUAGAUAAGCUACCGGCUAGCGACAAGCGCGAGUGGGUGCGUUAUAAGAAGAAGAAGAAGCUAGUCACAUUGUGUACUCUUUCCAAAUUUCUUUCGCGAAUCGUAGCCGAAGCGUGUGAGGCAAACGUGUCCCUGGACCCUAAAUCUGAUCAGAAAACGGUAGCUUCAACUAAAUGCACGAGAGGAGCAUCGAAAGGCGGAGUUUAUAACCACAGCAUUGCCGAAAACUCAAGAAGGAACGAGGGUGCUGAGAGGCGCCAAAAGCCGUGUGUAGUCUGCCAUCGUAUGGACCAUCGUUUGAGAUAUUGCGAAGAUUUCAGAAAACUGUCGUCGAGCGAUCGCAUCAAGCUGGUAGAGCAGAAAAGGCUAUGUAGAGUUUGCCUCAAUGACCAUGGGAAUGCGGAAUGCAAAUUUAAGCUCCGUUGCAGCGUUGGUGAAUGCCAGCAACGCCAUAAUCCACUUUUGCAUCCCACAAGUACCACCGUCGCAAUGAAUACGCACGUUCAUUCAAACAAUUCGAUUCUUUUCCGCAUUCUACCUGUCGUUCUACACUGCGGACAAAAAUCAGUGCACACACUCGCAUUCCUGGACGAAGGGGCGUCGGUGACGCUAAUUGAAAGGCAUUUAGCGGAUAAAAUUGGCGCCAAAGGGAUAAAUUUACCACUGACCAUCAACUGGACGUCGGAUAUUUCCAGAAGCGAGAACGACUCCUUAUGUCCAAACUUGUGGAUUUCACCUCCUGGGGCGGGCGACAAGAUGCUGCUGAAGGCGGUACAGACUGUGAAGGAAUUAUUACUUCCCUGGCAGUCAUUGGAAGCUACGGAGGUUGGGAAAAGAUACGCUUUUCUCCGUGAUGUACCUUUCCAUUCAUAUGCAGGCGAUCGUCCCGGAUUACUAAUCGGAUUGAACAACAUCCAUGUCAUUGCUCCAGUAGAAACCAAGCUCGGUUCUCCUGGCGAACCAAUCGCUGUUAAGUCAAGACUGGGCUGGACCGUGUAUGGUCCCCAAUCAAGGGAAGUAUUGAGAGAAUCUUUUCUGUAUCAUCACGAAGCAGUAAGCAAUCAGAAAAUCUAUGAUCUCAUAAAAGAUCACUAUGCACUAGAAGAAUCUGUGGUGGCGACUAUUCAAGAAUCCAAGGAAGAGAAAAGAGCCCGUGAUAUACUUGAACAAACAACGAAAAGAAAAAAAACGCCCGAUCUGUACGAGAAUGUUAAGCAACAAGUAGUCGAGUAUCUCCAGAAGGGGUAUGCGCAUGUGGCAACCGCGGAAGAAUUGGCUAAAAUGGAUCGUCGCAAAAUGUGGUAUUUGCCUCUAAAUCUGAUUCUAAACACGAAAAAGCCCGGCAAAGUUCGUUUAGUAUGGGACGCCGCCGCACGAGUAGACGGCGUUUCAUUGAAUUCACAGUUGCUCAAAGGACCUGACAUGCUCACUUCGCUAACUGCUGUCGUGUGCCGUUUUCGAGAGCGACCAAUCGCUUUCGGUGCAGACAUUCGUGAGAUGUACCACCAACUGAAAAUACGCAAGGAGGAUAAAUCGGCACAGCUAUUUGUUUUUCGGAGGAACCGAACGGAAAAACCGGACGUCUAUAUAAUGGACGUGGCCACAUUCGGCGCCUCUAGUUCUCCCUGUUCGGCGCAGUUCGUUAAGAACCUAAACGCCCAUGAGUUCAUGCAUGAGUAUCCUGACGCAGCGAAGGCAAUCGUCGAAAGCCACUAUGUCGAUGAUUAUUUCGACAGCGUGAAUUCCGUGGAAGAAGCCAUUCAGCGAGCAAAGGACGUUACGUACGUACAUGCUAGAGGAGGAUUUCAGAUAAGGAAUUGGGUUUCCAACGCAGAGGAAGUGCUUCGAAGUCUCGGUGAGCAGAAGUCCUUGACGGAAAAUCAGCUGAAGUGGAAGCUGUAUCGCCGAACCAUUUUCUACGAGGUACAGUACGAUCCGAAGAUAUACCUUAUGUGGGCUCGAUGGUCGAAGGAAUAUCUACCAUCUAUAAACCACCGAACUAAGUGGUUUGAAGUCAAAAACUUCAUUCGAGUGGGCGACUUAGUGUUUGUCGUGGAUGGCCGGGUUCGGAAAAAGUGGACCAGGGGAAUCGUCGAGCAGAUAUUUCCAGGAUCAGAUGGACGGAUCCGGCAAGUCAGUAUAAAAACCUCUGGAGGUGUAUUUAAACGAGCAACCACGAAUUUGGCUGUGUUGGAGAUUAGAGAUGGUAAAUCCGGAACGGUCGGGGGAUCCGCACCGGAGUUACGGCCGGGGGAAUGUGAUGGCAUCACUGAAGUGUAA